AUGCCUGUCCGUGAAAAACCUCGCCCGAAGCGCAGAUCUGACGAUGAAUUCGUCGUCUUUCUCCAAGGAAUUCCGUCACAUUGUCGUUGGCAGGAACUGAAGGAUUUAGUGCGUCAGACGGCUUUACAUAUCCGCCAGGCUGUUGUAUACGAUGAUAGCCACGGCUUUCCCACCGGACUCGGUCAGAUUAUAGUCAAAAAUGAGGAUGAAGCUUGGAAAACAUAUCACCGGCUUUCCACCAACGGAUGGGAUGGCCAGAGUUUGAUUGUGACGCUCGCGCGAACCAGUACACCCACCAAGCCCAUCGCAGGACCAACCCGAAGCCCAAUGCAUUACUCUGGUCAUUGCACGCCGCCGCAUAGAAAUCUGAAAUUCCCCCCAUCGCCCGUUCUACCCGAAUCGACUCAUACUAGUCCGACAUUCUCAUAUCCCGAGUACGGUGGAAUGAUGCCGACAAUGCCCAUGACCCCGUACAUGCCCAUGAUGCCUGAACUUAUCCCUAUGCAAUUCCCUCCGUCGCCAGUAACGGGUGGCUAUGAACCGCCAUACUGGAGCAUGCCCGGAUAUCCAAUGUCGCCAGACCAGGGAAGCUUCGAUUCGUACCGAUAUCACAGGUCUCCGCCUACUCCAGAGUCUCACGCCCACACCGGAUACCGAGGAAUCAUCCUGGAGAAUUUGAACCCAUCUACUAAAGGCGCCGAUCUGGAAAGCCUGCUCCACACAGCCGGGGCUGUCGAGCAGAUCCGGGUGACGAAUGAUCAAGGCCAAGCGCAGGGUCUCAUCACUAUGCGGACAGCGGAAGAGGCACAGCGCGCGAUAUCAAUGUUCAACAACAUCGUCUUCAUGAACUCGCGCGUUUAUGCCCGGUUCGACCGACGGGACAGUCUCGACAGCUCGGAUGCUGAUUCGGAAUUUGGAAGAGAAAGUUGGAAUGGGAGCUUCACACCAGUCAAAAGUCGUGCUGACACUUGCAGUCCACUUGUGGUGGAUGGAUCGGGUCUUGCGAGUCGAUUUGAGAUGUUGUCUACUUCUGCCCCGACAUAG